UGUGCUUUGAUCCGCGUUUGGAUUAAACUGUCUCGCAGUUGUGAACACUCUUAGACGGUUAAUUUUUAUCUUCGAACCAAGACUAUAAAUACGAAAGACGGCAAUGGUUCUGGACAUCAGUUUGCCAACGAAUUUUCUUCAGCUCUUGCAAGGAACGCUUCUCAGCAACCGACACCAAUCAUGAAGUGCGACGGUGUUAUUGAAAAGAUCAAGACUCGGGUGGCCGGAAUUGAUGCCAGUGGACCCCGCAAGGUGCUGGGUGUGUUCCAGCUGAACAUUCAAGCUGCUGAUGGAGCUCACGAGCUAGUGGUCGAUCUGAAAAACCUCAAGGUGUCGGACGGAAAGACUGCCAAUGCAGAUGUUGUCAUCAACCUGAAGGACGAGGAUUUCAUUGCCAUCGGAACCAAGGCUAUCUCUGUGCACGACGCUGUCGAGCAGGGCAAGGUUAAGAUUACCGGCGACGAAGCUCUCUUCCAGGCCCUGGUUGAUGCCAUUUGAGAGCUGAUACCCUGUAUCGAAUCAAUUUGGUGCUCAAAAUUUUUCGUGUUGAAUUUUAAAUAUAUACGAUAUGUUAAAUUCAAAACAUUUUUGUUAUUGUAUAGAAUCACACUUUGCAUAUUCAA